AUGAAUCAGACUGGUACGACACCUACUACAGAUGAAAAUCGUCCGCCUGCAACGAUUCCCACUCCAGUAUACUUUCCAAUGACACAUAUGUUCUUCUCAUAUGGCAAUGGCAGUACAUCUAGUCAACCAUAUUACACCCCGGUCGUACAUCCAACCGUUGCAUAUCCAUCGAAUGGUACUCAACAACAGCCACCUUAUGGUAUCGGCUAUAACUCAUUUUAUCCUCAGUUUUAUCCUACGCGAACGAACCUUUUACCUCCAAUGUCACAUGUAGCAGGCUCAGCAAUACUUAUGCCACCAUGUCCAUUGAUGGUGCGUUCAAACUUAACAACAAAAAGUCAAUCUUCGACAGGUUUGAUUCCGAUUGGCAAUGAUAAUGAACGAAAUAAGAAUUUGAAUAUACGUGAAUGCCAAUCACCUGUUUUGAAUGAAAUCAAACGACACGAAAUGCCAUUGGAAAUCGUCGAUCCAGGUGUGAACAACACACCGGAACACAUACGAGCAGAUUCAUCAUCAGCAUCCUCGUUGACAGAACUCGAACAACCAUUACUUCCCCCACGCUCAAUGUCUUCUAAUUCAGAUAAUCUCCAAGAUGACUUUCUUACAUUUCUCGAACAAAAAACGAAGAAAUCAACAACGAAAUUUCCCGAAUUAAACCCAUUUGCGAGUGAAUUUUCUUUUGUUAAUACUCGUACUCCUACCAAUGCAUUACUAUUGGAAAGCAAUGGUAUUCACGAUCAUCGUCAUUCUCCUCCUUCGACGACACCAGCUGAAACUCAAUCGUCCUAUCGUUUAUUAUUCGAUAAUCUGAUUGAAAAAAGUCUCGAAUCAAUCGAAGCCUUCAAAAGAUCUACAAAGAAAGCGUCUGUUAAUGAUACAUCUGUACAAUGUAAUCAAAUCAACGAUUGUAUCAAUCGUUCAACACAAACAAUAGAACAAAUAAACCAUGCGGAUCUUCUUACUGAUUACAGUUUACGUGCUGUUAAAUUAAUGGAUAAAUUAUUGGGAAAUUUUCGAAAUAUCUACUCGUCUGAGUAUCAUCAUGAAUGCAAAGCAAUGGCGCAAACCUGCGAUGAAUUGCAUCAUUUAAUCUUGUUCAUUCAUCGUCUUACAUCAUCGUUAACACAUCAGGAAAAUGCGUUCACAACUGAUUUAACAAAUCCAUUUAGCAACAUACUGCACGAGGCAAUAAAUCUCGAUCAGAACUCACUUCUCUCGCAUAAUGUUGGACGUGGUACACGUCGUUUAACAACAUCAGCAACUCAUCCAUCGAUACCAUCAUUUUCUUGUCGACAGAUCGAUCCAGUAUCAACAAAUCGUCCUAGACUAUGUUUGAUCUGUCAAAAACCACUCGUCGAUGAUCAAAACACUGAUAUCAUGCAUAGCCUCUGUCGAACGUUGGUAUCUCAUCUAAAUAUGGCCACUAAUAUAUAA